AUGGACAAUGUUAGCGGAAGCAAUAGGAUUAUAGUGGUCAAUAUUGGAUCAAAAGAUGGGUUCUUACCCAACGCACAGUUGAUUUAUAAAGUGGGAUGUGCAACAGGAGACUACCAUGGGCAAAUGAACUACGAAAAUUUUUCUAAUCAGCCACCGAACUGUGCUAUUGUUAAGGACAAUGCUUCGUAUCACAACAAGGAGCACAACAAAGCUCCAACUAGGUCCUCGAAUAAAAAUGAAAUAAUUGAAUGGUUAUUAAAAAAUAAGGUGGAAGCUGAUUUGACAAUGAGAAAAACAAAAUUAUUUGAUUUAAUCAAAGAACAUAAACCGGAAGACAAAGUAUUUGAAAUUAAUAAAAUACUUGAAGCUCAUGGACACACUGUGCUGCGACUUCCACCGUACAACUGUGACUUAAAUCCAAUUGAAAUGGCGUGGGCAAAGCUCAAGAAUUUCGUCAGAGGAAGAAAUAUUCUUGGAGAUGUUUGCAUGACGAAGUUGCUGCAGUUGGUGAAAGAAGGCUUUGAAACGAUAAUUCAAGAUGACUGGAGUGCAUACAGCCUCCACGUGAAGAAACUUGAAAGACAGUACUGGGUUAAGGAACGGGUUAUGGAAGACAUAAUAGACGCUAUAGUUGUUAAUUUAGAAAGUGAUGACGACGACGACGACGACGGUAAUGACAGUGACAAUGUUGAUGAUGAACUCUAA